AUGUCUGAGUCUGCCACCAGCCCAGCAGACACCCAACCUGAGGCCAACCCAAGUCCAAAUAUACCUAAAAUAGCACCAGCUCCAGGUUACCUCAACCCCAAAGUGCCACCAUGUCCUCCUCCAUCUUACUGCGAAAAUCUACCCCUGGAACAAACUCAAAUAGUUGAGCCAGAAGAAGAAGAUGAUGAGGCUGAAAAUUUCUGUGCCCCAGAAGACCGUCCUCUAACAGGAACAACACUAGCAAAAGGAAAACAUCAUUGCAAUGCCAAUCCUGUACAAAGGAGGUCAUUUUUCUUGCUUCAAUGGAUCAAGAGAUUCCAGCGCAGACUCUGCAACUACGAAGACCCUGGAAACACUCCAACAAUUUGUCUGUUGGCUGCUUUAACAGCACUUUUUGCUUACACCAUUGUCUGGGCCAUCAGCUAUGUAUUUUACUUCUUUUCAAGCUUAUUACAUUCAUCUUUCACCCCAUGCCUCAGAAAGCAAGUCAGAGAGGCUAAAACUGAGAUCAGGAAAAGCUUGAAGGAACUUGGAUGGAUUCCACAUGUGGUGCUUUCACAAGUGGCUUUGCUCACUUAUGGUUUCCUUUUGGCACUGGCUUCAGUGGCUGAGAUCUUGUCAACAUCUCUGGGUUAUGUCUGGGAUGUUGCUUAUGCUGCUGUGACUGGAUCAGUGCCAAAAAGUCUGAAAACUGCAAUGGUGCCAGAGAAGAUGGUGAUUGAUCCAACUGGACAGAGGAACUAUAGUUGGACUGUGGAGCCACCAAAAAAUCCUUGUCCAGGGGACAAACCAGAACUGUCACUGAAAUCCUUGCUGAAAAUUAAAAGCACUUGCAGUUCAGAAUUUGGUGGAAUGGAUCUUGCAGAUCUUGCUUUGAAACUCAGACCUGGAGGAGCUGCUACCAUCACUGGUCAGCUAUUGACAGAGUUGAUUUGGGGUCCAAGCGAACCCCCAGCAUCACCAGAAGGUGACAGGAAAUGGGUAUCCCCAAUUGCUUGUCAGCAAAGAACAGACUCAUCCAGCAGCACUGAUGACCCUGAUGAUCCCUGUGCAACUCUCUUCACCUCAAGUCCACCACCACCACCACCACCAGAAGACCAACCAGAACCUGAAACUGAAGCAGCAUCCCCAUCAACAUCUGAACUCAUCAUCCCACUGGACUCCAAACUGAAGCCAGUAUGUGAAGAAUUGGCUCAAAAGCUAGCCAAAGAAAAGGCUAAUUUAUUGGCAGACCCGGAGUCUCCAGCCAAGAUCCAAAUCACCGAUGAACCGGAUGAUUUGCAACUCCUACGCCUGGACUUUACACUAACCAAGACCUUCUCCAUCAACUCAGUCGCCAUUUUGGAAGGAUUGGAGAAUUUGCGAGAGAAAUCUGCGCGCCAUUUGCUUUUUCAACUCGCGUCUCAAGACCUUGGGGACGGUUCGCAGUUAUUGGUGUUCACUGCUGAUCCCGCCAAAAUGAAAUUGUCUGAAAGGAAAGCUGGAAAAUUAGUCGAAGAACCUUGUUUCACUGAACCUGAUGGGGUCAGAAACUAUUUGAACAAAGUCUGGAGGCAGACAUUAACUUUGUCAACCAGAAACAAGCUGAUUGAGUCCUUGACCAGGUCUGUUACUCUGGUUGGUCAAGAAAGGUGUCCUGAUGAAGAGAGCUUUCCUGGAAAGUUCUUCUCUGCUGCUGCUUAA